UCAAGCAGUGAGCGUUAAAGCUUGAAUGCCCUCAAUUGAAUAUUGUUCUCCGUCAACCUGUUUGAAGUGGAACUUCUGCAACAAGUUUGCAAAUAUCAGAAACAACUCCAUCCUUGCCAAAGGUUCUCCGAUACACAAUCUGGGUCCUGCAAGAAUAGAUAUUUCCUGAGAGAUGGAAGCGUCUGACAAAAAACUACAUCUCCGAUUUAGCUCACAGGAUUAUAUAAAAGUUAAUUUAAUUUUAUGUUUGAUCAACUUGUUAUUUCAGCGACAAUGUUCAUGGUUAUUUGAAAUUAUUAAGGCCUUACUAGGAGAGAAUGACAACUAAAGAACCAUUUUGUAUGAGUAUCCUUUGAUACUUAGUUGUGAUAUGUAUCUCAAAUGACUAACACAGCACAUUUCUGAUUAUACUGUCAUUUCUUAUACUAUAAGUUAAAGCAAAUGGAAUGUAUGCCAAUCCUAGCACUUAUUAAUGACAUACAUAUUUUCAUUUCCAGCAUCUUCAUUCUGUUAUGAUUUAGUCGGUAAUCAAAAGACUAAUGUUAUACUAGUAGCUUUCAGAAUAAGAUUUGCUCGAGGUCGCUAAUAGUUGUAUAUGUCAACACAAACUCCUAAAACAAUCGGUAUAGAAAUUGUGCCGAAAAUAGGAGCGUAAAUUCAUUUUCUUUACAAUAAAUAAAAAAAUAAAGACAACUAGGAAUGUGACUGUAGGACACGUAUUAUGUCCCAAUUUGACAAUAGUUCAGAUCUUUUUAUUUCUUACAUCUAUGCGUGUAUGUCCCACUAUUUUGCCAUCUGGCCAAUGUGACGAACUGAUAGGUGCAAAUUGAUAAACACCUACGCGCGUACGUAAAGGAGAUAUAACAACACUCAUAUCUGUAAAUGAUUCGCACUAGGCCACACAACUGCUGACAUGACGCUCUUCAAUACAUCAUGUGACAUUAAAUAUAUACUCGUUUAUAUUAUGAUUAUAUCAUUUAAAUUUGUCAACUUGCAUUAAUAUUUUAAAAAAGUGGGAUACGACAGGUUCGCUGAUGGCGUUUGGUUUAUCUAUUCCAUUUAAAGCAAUCGGAAAUUUAAUCGGGGGACCAUUAGCAGGAGUUUUACUUACCAUCACGGGGAAAUACACUUUUACAUUUUAUCUCUCGGGGAUAUGCAUGACAAUUGCAUCAUUUCUAAUGUUUCUGUCUCUGCUAAAUCAUAGACGUCAAAACAAAUGGAAGAAGAACAGGAAUUUUAAUACUAUUUAUGAGAUGAAUGUAUCUUAUAGCAAGAAACAUGUAAAUGAAGAUAAAGUUGCAGAUAGAAUGGAUGUAACGAUAUGUAAAGACAACAUUGAUGCUAAAGAAUGUAUAAGAACAUUGUUAGAUAGUGGGAAGAAUGAUCUCUAGGUAAUCAUUUACAGGGUGAAGUGAUUGCGGUAAAACAAGGAGGAAUUCAAGUUAGCUGUGAUAUAUAAGUUUCACAUUUUAUGAGUAACCAUAAAUUAGUUCAUAUUGUAAUGUUUAUACAUAAAUGUAUUUAAUUUCAGAAACUAAAAGUUCCUUUCGCUUUCUUAAACUACGCAGACCGAUGCUGAAGGGUUUAUUUUUAUUGAACAUACCCACCAAAUGAGUCUUGUUUCUUCUCCUGGUAAACAUGCAUGGUUUCCCCGAA